CGAAGAAUUAGAGAUUAGAUCAGAACCAUGCACCAUGUGGUUCUUUGGAUUCUCCUCCACAAAUCCAAGAAACUACGGGAUAAUUGCAGCCAUAAUACUACUCUUGAUCUAUCUCACUUUCACCCUAAGGAAGUGGGCCACAAAUUUAGAAUCGAAAUCUUUCAAGAAUAAACUCAAAGCAGCUGAUCAAGAAGAAGAAGAUGAUGAGAAGGGUGGCAGAGCAAUAGCAUUAACGAGCAGCCUUGCUUCUUCUUCUAUAAGGACUUAUGGGGUGGAAGAGCUGAGGGUGGCGACCAGGGACUUCAGGAUUCGGGUAGGGGUGGGAGCCAGCUCUCAGGUGUUCCUUGCGCAGCUCGGCGAUGGCAGGUUCGGGGCGGUGAAGCGGGUCAUGGAGGAGAAAGGCGGCAGCAGGAAGAUGUUCUUGGAUGAGGUCUCGGUUCUGCUCAGAAUCUCUCACCCUAAUUUGGUAGGCUUAAUGGGGUUCUGCUUGGACAAAGGAGAACAACUGUUGGUACUGGAGUACGUUCCCAACAAGAGCCUCUUCGACCGGCUCCACACCCCCUACGGCCAAUCCCUCGGCGUCCUCUCAUGGCGGAGCCGCCUGAGCAUCGCCGCCGACAUCGCCCGUGCCCUCGACUACCUCCACUCGAUAGCCGACCCUCCGGUCAUCCACCGCGACGUCAAGUCCUCUAACAUCCUCCUCGUCGACGACCACCGCGCCAAGCUGGCAGACUUCGGUCUCUGCAAGCUCGGCCACGAGGCUUCGGCCGGGGGGCAAACGCAGACAGCAGUCAAAGGGUCCCUGGGUUACGUCGACACCAGCUACCUGAGCACCGGGAAGGUGUCGCGGAAGAGCGACGUUUACAGCUUCGGCGUGCUACUGCUGGAGCUGGUCACGGGGCUGCGGUCGCUGCAGGGGUCGGUAACGCUGGCGGAGUGGAGUGAAGGGUGGCGGGGGAGCGGGAGUUUGGAGGCGGUGGAGGGGAUGGUGGACCCGAAGCUCGGCGGGGAAGUUGACGUGGAGCAGUUGAAGGUGGUGGUGGAGGUGGCGAACUUGGCUUUGCUUGAGGAUGCCGAAGCCAGGCCUGAUAUGAGCCAUGUUUCAUGUAGGAUUUCAAGCUGCCUGGAAUUGCCGGAAACUAAUUUAGAAGCAGCGGAUUUGCAAUUGCCGGUGUAAAUUUAAUUUCCGAAUAAUGAUAUUUAGUUUUAGUUUUUAAGUAGCUGAGUUGUCGGUGUAAAUUUAAUUCUCCGACAAUGAUAGUCGGUUUUAGUUUCUAAAUACCUGAGUUGCUCCUGUAAAUUUAAC